AUGCCUACUUUGAUCCUUGGUCCGGUGAAUCAGUCUUCUAAAAGAGAACGCGAACUGCAGGACGCGGCAGCGCGCUCGCAUGCUGCAAAGGCCUCAUAUGCCCGCGUGAGACGACAUUACACGGCCAUAAUAAGACGCUAUGAAGCUCCUCAUGCUGCUACUAGAGAUGUGGGAGUUUUGGGGCCCAAUGUCUCCACGGGUUUCGACCUAACCCCAGCAACAUCAAUAUAUCCCGGUUUCGGCUCCUUCCGAAGCGAGCUUCUCAGUCUUCUUCCACCCGAUGCACAAGCGGGUGAUUUCCAGGCCCUCGACUUCUUUGUUGAGGUUACAUUCCCUGGCAUUGAUGUUGCGAAUGAGAUGUUCGAUAAUUCAGGCGCCUUUCAUUUCAUACUACCAAGCCUCACGUCCCCAGUCUCUUAUCAUGCGGUCAUGAGUCAGCUUCACCUCACCAACACGAUGCACCGCCAACCUCAGGUGAACCCUAGCAUGCUUAUGCUUAAACACCGAGGCAAGGCGAUGGAAAAAGUCCGCACUUUUCUUAAUCAAGCGAACUUCUCCUUGAGCGAAGCUCUGAUAUUCGCCAUCGUGUGCCUGAGCACAAUCGAAGCCGCUUUAGGCAACGUCGAGUCAUACAAGCUGCAUUUAUCCGCCCUUAAGGUCUUGGGGCAAGAAAAAGGGCAUUUAGAGCUCCCUUCGGGGCUGAGAGUGUCAGAUAUGGUGGCUCUGUACAGCGAUACAACGUUUGCCCUGAGGACUGGCCAAUCCGCUUUCAAGCGCCGACAAUACGAAGAAAUAUAUGCAUCCACGCCUCUGCCUGUAGGAAUUCAGCUUCCUCUUGGCUUUGAUCUCCUCAUCCGACAGAAACUGAUAACACAAGACACGAUCUCCAUCCUCGUCAAUGCUUGCAGGCUUGGUGUUGGCACCCCCUGCGUGGCUCUCACGUAUUCGCAAAAGCUGUUCUUCGCAGGGCGUCGACAAACGUUAAAAAAGUAUCUUUGCUACCUUGACAGCGUACCAAUUCUCCUCGCUCCAGAUAACACACACAAUCUCUUUGAGAAGAUGUUGGUCUUAGCACUGUCACUCUUCGCCUGGUGCGGCUUCAGCACCUUGCGAUAUCCUCAAUUCUCAAUGUACAACGCCAUGAUGGGGCAGCUCUCGGAAAGACUCAUCCGGUUUCAGCCAGCCGCGGGAAUUGAGCGGAAUAGUCGGCCUGAGCAACGGAUUGAUCGCGGCCCCAAUCUGGGCCAGGGAACUCCAUUCCCGGCACCGGCCUAUACGAGGUAUUAG